AUGGGUUACGACCCUCGUUUUUUUUGGUUUCACCUUCAAUCCUUUUGGAUUUCUUUGCUUAUUAUGAUCAUUUCUGUCUUUACCAUUACCAAAGCCUUAAGAUUUCCCUUAAUUCAGAAGCCCAAGAAACCCAAGCUCCCACCAGGUCCCAAACCAUGGCCUAUAGUUGGUAAUCUUCCUGAAAUGCUAGCAAACAAGCCUGCAUUUCGGUGGAUACAAAAGUUGAUGCAAGAAAUGAACACUGAAAUUGCAUGUAUCCGCUUAGGAAAUGCCCAUGUAAUCACAAUCACUAGCCCCACCAUUGCAUGUGAAUUCUUGAGAAAACAUGAUGCAGAUUUUGCAUCAAGACCAAUAAGCAUGUCUACUCAUAUUGUCUCUAGUGGUUAUGUGACUACAGCUCUUGUACCCUAUGGGGAACAAUGGAAGAAAAUGAAGAAAAUGGUUGCCAACCAUUUGUUCUCCCCCAUGAAGCAUCAAUGGCUUCAAGACAAAAGGACUGAAGAAGCAGAUAACCUUAUGUUCUACAUCUACAACAAGUGCAAAAAUGUGAAUGAUCGUGGCCUUGUGAAUGUGAGGGAUGUCGCACAACAUUACUGUGGUAAUGUGAUCAGGAAAAUGAUUUUUAAUGCAAGGUACUUCGGAAAGGGUAGGAAGAAUGGAGGACCUGGUUUUGAGGAAGCAGAACAUGUAGAUGCCAUUUUCAUGUUGCUUAAAUACAUUUAUGCCUUUUCUAUUUCUGAUUAUAUCUCAUGGUUGAGUGCACUUGACUUGGAUGGCCAUCAGAGCAAACUAAAGAAGGCUAUGAGAAUCAUGAACAAGUAUCAUGAUCCCAUCAUUGAAGAGAGAAUCAAACAAUGGAAUGAUGGAUCAAAGACCGAUGAAGAGGACUUGCUGGAUGUUAUGAUCUCAUUGAAAGACCCAUUGUUGACAUCGAAGCAAAUCAAGGCUCAAAUUAUAGAAUUGAUGAUGGCAGUGGUGGAUAAUCCAUCAAAUGCAAUUGAAUGGGCUUUAGCAGAAAUGAUAAAUCAGCCUGAGUUGCUUCAACGAGCUACGGAGGAAUUGGACAAUGUGGUUGGAAAACAUAGACUGGUCCAGGAAUCAGAUAUUCCUAAACUCAACUAUGUGAAGGCUUGCGCAAGAGAAGCUUUUCGCCUUCAUCCCAUUGUACCUUUCAGUGUUCCCCAUGCCUGUAUGAAUGACACAAUGGUUGCCAAUUACUUGAUUCCAAAAGGUAGUCAUAUAUUGCUAAGCAGAAGAGGUCUUGGGAGAAACCCAAAAGUUUGGAAUGAGCCCCACAAGUUCAAACCAGAACGCCAUCUCAAGAGUGAUGGCUCUGAUGUAGUUUUGUCACAGCCAAAUUUGAAGUUCAUAACAUUCAGCACAGGAAGGCGUAGUUGUCCUGGAGUGACGCUUGGCACCACAAUGACUAUAAUGUUAUUUGCUAGGUUGAUCCAUGGCUUCACUUGGAGUGCACCUCCCAAUGUAUCAAGCAUCAAUCUUGCGGAGUCCAAGGAUGGUACACUUCUUGCUGAGUCACUUGUGGCAGUUGCAAAGCCAAGAUUAGCAAUGGAGUUGUAUCACCUAUGA